GGUUAUUCGGAGUCUCCAGACCUGGAGUUUGAAUAUGCAGAUACCGAUAAAUGGGCAGCAGAGCUGUCAGAGCUCUACAGCUACACGGAAGGGCCAGAGUUCCUGCUUAACCGCAAGUGCUUCGAGGAGGACUUCAGGAUCCACGUACGAGAUAAGAAAUGGACCGAGCUGGACAAGAACCAGCACCGCACUCACGCCAUGCGGCUUCUCGACGGGCUGGAGGUCACCGCGCGGGAGAAGAGGCUGAAGGUUGCCCGAGCCAUCCUUUACGUUGCCCAAGGCACGUUUGGGGAGUGCAGCUCCGAGGCAGAGGUGCAGGCAUGGAUGAGAUACAACAUCUUCCUCUUGCUGGAAGUGGGGACGUUCAACGCUUUGGUGGAGCUGCUCAACAUGGAGAUUGAUAACAGUGCAGCUUGCAGCAGUGCCGUGAGAAAACCAGCCAUCUCCCUGGCUGACAGCACGGACCUGAGGGUGCUGCUGAACAUCAUGUACCUGAUCGUGGAGACUGUUCGGCAGGAGGCUGAGGGAGACAAACCCGAGUGGAAGAGCAUGAGACAAACCUUCCGAGCAGAACUGGGAGCCCCCCUGUACAACAACGAGCCCUUCUCUGUCAUGCUCUUUGGGAUGGUGACCAAAUUCUGCAGCGGCCACGCUCCACAUUUCCCCAUGAAGAAGGUGUUGCUAUUGCUCUGGAAGACUGUGCUG